AUGGCAUGUUAUGAAGUAGAUGCGGUUAAUCCCAGUCGUAUAUGGCAAACUGCUAAUAUUCUAUCAACCGAGCUACCUGUUCUUGCCACUCAAGUUGUCUUCGUCGUAACCGUGUAUCGAUUUUUAUUUUUUGUCUAUAAACCCUUUCAUCAACCUCCUCUCAUUUCACAAAUCUCUGUUGGUUUUGUGCUAAGUCAAAUAAUACGUCGGAUAUCUCCUUCAGCUUUCUCAUAUGUUUAUCCUGUAGAUGGGGUGCUUAACAUUGAAGUUCUAACUCAUAUUGGUGUGGUAUACUACUCAUUUCUUAGUGGUUUAGAGAUUAACUUGGAUACCAUAUUAUAUGCUAAAAAGAAAGCUGCAACAAUUGCGAUUUCCGGGAUCAUCUUUCCAAUGGUGAUGGGACCUGCUUUAUACACUUUACAUAGAAAAGUUUAUGGCAAUGGCGAUGGAUCUGAACUUGAAGAAAACAAACUGAAUGCUUAUGUACUAUGGACUUUAGUUCUAACUGUGACAGGUUUUCCGGUUGUAGUUCACUCUCUUUCUGAGCUCAAACUUCUUUAUACUGGUCUUGGUAAGGCUGCAUUAACAGCAGCUAUGAUCGGUGACACAUAUGCUUGGAUUUUAUUCACAUUAUUUGUUCCAUUUACAGUUAAUGGUACAGGGGCAAUAUACUCGGUGUUAAGCACCAUAAUAUUUGCUUUUAUUUGCAUCUAUGUGGUGCGUCCUAUCAUUGUAAAGGUCAUUGAUCGCAAUACUGAAAGAGAUCAAUGGGAUGAUAACCAACUACUCUUUGUGGUGAUGGGAAUUUUCCUUUGUGCACACAUAACAGAUGCUCUUGGCACACAUGGUGUUGUUGGGGCUUUUGUGUAUGGAUUGAUUUUACCCCACGGUAAAUUUGCUGACAUGGUGAUGUCAAUGACCGAUGAUUUUGGUGGCACGUUUCUAGCACCGCUCUUCUUUAGUGGCACCGGAAUGCGACUAAUGGUGGCUACCAUUUUCGAACACCCAAAUUGGCCUUUUACACUUAUGGUUAUAAUCUUGUUGUGUCUUCUAAAGAUUUUAAGCACUUUGUUUGCCACUUUCUUUUUUGGCAUGCAUGCUCGUGAUGGUUUUGCUCUAGGCUUAAUUCUUAAUACCAAGGGUGCUAUUGCACUAAUAAUGCUCAAUAUGGCUUGGGAUAAAUCGAUUCUUUUGGCACCAUCCUAUGCUGUUUUGGCCUCAGCCGUCAUUUUAAUGACAAUAGUGGUGCCUCCCAUCAUCAAUGCAAUAUACAAGCCCAGGAAGCGAUUUGAGCAAAACAAGCUAAAGACUAUACAAAAGCUAAGACUUGAUGCAGAGCUCAGGAUUCAAGCAUGUGUUCAUAAUACUCGCCACGCUACGGGGAUUAUCAAACUCAUUGAAACUUUCAAUGCCACUAGACUUUCACCAAUACAUGUAUUUUCACUUUACCUUGUGGAACUCACAGGACGUGCUGGUGCACUUGUUGCAGCCCAUAUGGAGAAGCCCAAUGGCCAAUUUGGAGUUCAAAAUCUUACAAGAUCCCAAGAAGAGCUAGAAAGCAUUGACAAUAUCUUUAAAGCCUUUGGAGAGGCAUAUGAUGCUAUCAGAGUGCAAACAUUAAAUGUUGUUUCAGCCUAUGAAACCAUUCACGAGGACAUAUACAACUCAGCUAAAGAAAAAGGAACAAGCUUGAUUAUCCUACCAUUCCACAAACAAAUAAGUUCAGAAGGUGCGCUUGAAACAACCAAUAUUGCGUAUCAAGAUAUAAACCAGAAUGUGAUGAAAAGUGCACCUUGCUCUGUGGGAAUCUUCGUUGAUCGUGAUAUUGGGCAAUUUGAUUUGGAAAGGAAAUUUCAUAUUUGUAUGAUCUUUGUUGGAGGUCCUGACGAUCGUGAAGCCUUAGCUAUUGCAUGGAGGAUGGCUGGGCACCCAGGAGUCCGAUUAUCAGUGGUUCGAAUGCUCCUAUUUGAUGAAGCUGCAGAAGUAGACACCUCAAGUCACAAUGAAGCACAAGGCAUACUAUUAGUUGUAAUGGAUAGCGAGAUGCAAAAUGACUUAGAUGACGAGUAUGUGAAUUCCUUUAGACUGACAGCGGUGAAUAACAAUGAUUCCAUAACCUAUUCAGAGGUUGAUGUCCAUUCAGGUGAAGAUAUUCCCACAACCCUCAAAGAGCUAGAGAAUUUUGGAUGCGAUUUAUACAUAGUUGGACAAGGGAAUCGUAGGAGCUCUCAAGCUUUUUCAAGUUUAUCAGAAUGGUGUGAUUGUUCAGAACUUGGAGUUAUAGGGGAUAUGUUGGCUUCAGACAAUUUUGGUUCGCGCUCAUCUGUGCUAGUUGUGCAACAAUAUGGAUAUGGAGGAAUGGUUUUGCCAAAUCAACACAACCACAUGAAAACGAAUAACGAUGGUUCUGAGUCACUUAUCGUGAAGACAGAAUAA